AUCCAAUCGUUUAGCAGAGACGCGUCUGGCAUCAGAGGCCGUGAAGCAUCCUUCCGUCAUGGCGUACGUCUGGGCUAAAACCAUUGUUAAUAUGCGAUUUCUUUCAGUUUUCUUUUUAUUUCUACUAUGUCUUCCGAUCGGAGGAGGACAGAAAAAGAAAGAGAACUUGCUGUCGGAAAAAGUUGACCAGAUGAUGGAGUGGUCUUCUCGGCGCUCGGUCAUCCGGAUGAAUGGGGACAAGUUCCGACGUUAUGUCAAGGCUCCACCCAGGAACUACUCUGUCAUCGUCAUGUUCACAGCUCUGCAACCUCAAAGGCAGUGCUCUGUCUGCAGACAAGCAAAUGAGGAGUACCAGGUCCUGGCUAAUUCCUGGCGUUACUCGUCUGCAUUUUCCAACAAACUGUUCUUCACCGUUGUGGACUACGAUGAGGGAGCAGAUGUAUUUCAACAGCUGAACAUGAACAGUGCCCCCACCUUCAUGCAUUUCCCUGCAAAGGGGAAGCCAAAGAGAGCAGACAGUUUUGACCUGCAAAGGAUUGGCUUUGCCUCAGAGCAGCUGGCCAAAUGGAUCGCCGAUCGAACAGAUGUUCAGAUCCGUGUCUUUCGUCCUCCUAAUUACUCUGGAACUAUCGCUCUGGCUCUCCUGGUGUCACUGGUUGGAGGUCUGCUGUAUCUGAGAAGAAAUAACCUGGAAUUUAUCUACAACAAGACUGGAUGGGCCAUGGCUGCAUUGUGUGUUGUUUUCGCAAUGACAUCUGGCCAGAUGUGGAAUCACAUCAGAGGUCCUCCAUACGCCCACAAAAACCCACAGAAUGGACAAGUGAGCUACAUUCAUGGAAGCAGCCAGGCUCAGUUUGUGGCAGAGUCACACAUCAUUCUUCUUUUGAAUGCUGCAAUCACCAUGGGGAUGGUUUUGCUCAAUGAAGCUGCUACCUCCAAGGGUGAUGUGGGAAAGAGGAGAAUUAUCUGCCUGGUUGGCCUGGGCCUGGUGGUGUUUUUCUUCAGUUUCCUGCUCUCUAUCUUCAGGUCUAAGUACCAUGGUUAUCCAUACAGCUUCCUUAUUAAAUAGAAGACACACACGUCGAAGGAGGAGAGAAGAUGGAGAAAAUACUUGAAUAGCUGGAGAACGUAUCACUGUUUGUUGUUCUCUCAAACCUUCAGUGGAAUGGUUUCUUUUACUGUAAAUCAAACUUCUUAGGUGUUUCUGUUUACUUCAGUCAGAAUGUUUUUGUGUCUUGUAGCAUCAUUGUCAGAGCUGUUUUGUGAGGUUUUCUUUAGUUUCUUCGCACAUUCCCUGUGACAAAAGAAUGAAAUUGGCUUUAAAAGUUGUGUUUUUUGGAUCUUUUUUUUUGCUGAAAACUAAAGUAAAAUGUUCAUUCAUGAAGUACGAUCAGAGAACUUUGUUUGUUUUAAAAAUAAAAUGUGACUGCAAGCA